GGAACCAAUGUAAGCGGGAAGUUGUAUCACCUAUUGUGCGGAAUCCUCCGGAUUGAAUUACAGACGCGCAACACUAUUUAGCGGAACCGUUUCCUGUGUCAAAAUAUCUUGCUAGCCGACACCUCAACAUUCAACUAUUGUGUGGGACAAGAGUUUUUCGAUUUUGAAGAUAACAUGGAUGGUGAAGAGAAGACCUACGGUGGCUGUGAAGGCCCAGAUGCCAUGUAUGUGAAGCUGAUCUCCUCUGAUGGCCACGAGUUCAUAGUGAAGAGAGAACACGCCUUGACCUCAGGGACCAUCAAAGCCAUGUUGAGUGGACCAGGUCAGUUUGCAGAGAAUGAAACCAACGAAGUGAACUUCAGAGAGAUCCCCUCCCAUGUCCUGUCCAAGGUGUGCAUGUACUUCACCUACAAGGUCCGCUACACCAACAGCUCCACGGAGAUCCCAGAGUUCCCCAUCGCCCCUGAGAUCGCCCUGGAACUACUCAUGGCUGCCAACUUCUUGGAUUGUUAAAAACUUCAAAAGAAAUGUAGCAGUGUAAAACCUUUUUUUUGACUAUUUAACUUGUUUGCCAUGUUGCUUCAGAUAUAAAAACAAAAGUGAAUGAUGA